CCUAACCUGUUUCUCAUGUGUUCCUCACCUGUCUCACCUGUGCAGGUGUGCAGUGUGCUACAUCCCACAACUGCCACAGUUCUGCACACCUGGGGCUGGUUUUGGGUGGAAUUUCUCUGGUUUUGGGUGGAAUUAACCCCAUUUUUUACCUGUUUAUCCCUUGUCUCACCUGUCCCUUACCUGUGUCUCACCUGUCGCAGGUACGCGGCGUACCGCACGCCGCAGCUGCCGCAGUUCCGCACGCAGUACGUGCGGCGGCGCUCGCAGCUGCUGCGGGAGCGGGCGCAGGGCGGGCACCUGGCGGGCGAGGCGCGGCGCUGGUACCUGCGGCUGCGGGCGCGGCUCCUGGCGCAGCGCCAAUCUCAGGUGUCCUUGGUGGGGCCUCAGGGGGAUUUGGGGGGAGGGGUCUCCCCUUUCCCCCCAGUGCGGAAGGUGCAGUUUGCCCACGACGAGCGGCACCUGCUGGCGUGCUGCUCCCUGGACGGGACGCUGUCCGUGUGCCGCCUGGCCCCCGGGCCCCCGGCCGUGCUGCGGCGGCUCCGCGGCCACGGCGCCGGCGUCUCCGACUUUGCCUGGUCGCUGUCCAACGACGUGCUCGUGUCCGCCUCGCUGGACGGGACCCUGCGCCUCUGGGACCCCGGGGACGGGCGCUGCAUCCGCCGCGUGCCGGACCCCGAUGGGGCUGCGCUGCUGUGCUGCGCCUGUGCUGGGGAGGGGUGUCAUCUGAAAGGGUCUGGGUCCACGGGCAAGGCGGCUCGCGGCGGCACCGGGCGCCUCCCCGGGCGCGUCCUCGCCCUCUGCUUCGACGCCCCCGGGCGCGUCCUGUGGGCCGGGGACGACCGCGGCUCCGUGUCCUCGUUCCUGUGCGACCCCGGCACCGGCCGGCUGACCAAGGCCUCGCGGGUGCUGGUCCAGGCCGGCGGCUCCAUCACGUCGCUCUCGGCCCGGGCUUGGGCCAGCCGGGAGGCGCCGGAUCCAUCGCUGCUGGUGAACGCCUGCCCCGACCGUACCCCCAAACACAGGGUGGUGGAGGACGAGGGGGGCUCGGGCGCCCCGGGGCUGCGGCUCCGGCGCAGUUUCCCCACGCGGCACCGGGAGCAGCCCCUGAGGAGCUGCUUCUGCCCCCUGAUGUCCUUCCGGCAGGGAGCCUGCGUGGUGACGGGCAGCGAGGACGCCUCCGUGCACUUCUUCGACGUGGGGCGCGCGGCGCGGGCCACGGUGAACACGCUGCAGGGCCACGGGGCCGCCGUGCUGGCCGUGGCCUUCAACUGCGACGAGUCCCUGCUGGCCUCGGGGGACGCCGCCGGCACCGUCAUCGUCUGGCGGCGCCAGCACGCCUGAGGCGCCCCAGAUCGCCACGGAGAGCCCCCAGAUCUGCCUGGAAAUACCCCCAGAGCACCCCAAAAUACCCCAAAAACCAGCCCGAAAUGCCACGCGUG